AAGGGAAUGCGGCAGCGGUGGCUUGACAGCUUGCAGCCUGAAUGGAUCUGAAGGGUGAGGGCUGUGCUGUUUUGCGGCAGCAUCAGUUUUCUUUCAGGACCCCUGGUUUGAACAGCGUUUCGAGGCUGACGAGUGCAAAGCCAAGCGCUGACAUCUGGGAUCACCUUUCCGGUAUUUUUGUAUUUACUGCAAGAGUCGAAGAUGUGAAAUACUUUCAGUAAAUAUGCUGAUAUAUAUAUUUUUUUUCAGCUAAUACGAAAGGCAACGCACUUAUAUGAGCGGCAAUGGCAUUCUGCUGGCAUAAGUGGAAGAUGUUAAACAUAUCUCAUAUACCACGGAGGCACUGAAGUAGACAUAGCCUUCUUGUAUGCAAGUAACUGUCACCGAUAUUAACUUCAUUUUGGAUUGCCUGAUUUAUGCGCUGAUAGAAAGUGGUUUGAUUUUCUUGUUUUAUCAUUUGAUAUAGAAAUCAUCCACGGCUAUGAACUGAUUUGCCGAUAAAGAACCAUUGUCAGUAGCGUCUUUGUGUGUAUAAAUGAUAGAAGAUACAAUGACUUUGCUGUCUCUUUUGGGUCGGAUCAUGCGCUAUUUCUUACUCAGACCAGAGACCUUGUUUCUGCUUUGCAUCAGCUUGGCUCUCUGGAGUUAUUUCUUUCAUACUGACGAAGUAAAGACAAUUGUCAAAUCGAGCAGGGAUGCCGUUAAAAUGGUCAAAGGGAAGGUGGCAGAAAUCAUGCAGAAUGACAGGCUGGGCGGUCUGGACGUCCUGGAUGCUGAGUUCUCGAAAACCUGGGAAUUCAAAAGCCACAAUGUGGCCGUAUAUUCCAUCCAAGGCAGGAGAGACCAUAUGGAAGACAGAUUUGAAGUCAUCACCGACCUGGUCAACAAGAGCCAUCCAUCUAUAUUUGGUAUUUUCGAUGGGCAUGGAGGAGAGACUGCAGCUGAAUAUGUGAAGACCCACUUGCCUGAAGUUCUAAAGCAGCAACUGCUGACUUAUGAAAAGGACAAAGAAAACAGUGUGCUGUCAUAUCCAAGUAUCUUAGAACAACAGAUCCUUUCAAUUGACAAAGAAAUGCUGGAAAAGCUGUCAGCCUCUUAUGAUGAAGCAGGUACCACUUGCCUAAUUGCUCUAUUAUCUGACAAGGAACUGACAGUAGCGAAUGUUGGAGACUCCAGAGGAGUGCUUUGUGAUAAAGAUGGGAAUGCCAUUCCUUUAUCUCAUGAUCACAAGCCUUACCAACUGAAGGAAAGAAAACGAAUCAAAAGAGCUGGAGGCUUCAUCAGCUUUAAUGGCUCCUGGCGGGUUCAAGGCAUUUUGGCCAUGUCCCGCUCUCUGGGUGAUUAUCCACUGAAGAACCUGAAUGUCAUAAUCCCCGAUCCCGAUAUUUUGGCCUUUGACCUGGACAAAUUGCAGCCAGAAUUUAUGAUCCUGGCAUCUGAUGGACUUUGGGAUGCUUUCAGCAAUGAAGAGGCAGUGCGUUUUAUCAAGGAGCGUUUAGACGAGCCUCAUUUUGGGGCUAAAAGUAUCGUAUUACAGUCCUUUUAUAGGGGCUGCCCUGACAAUAUCACUGUUAUGGUUGUUAAGUUCAGGAACAGCACCAAAACAGGGGAGCAAUAAGCGUAACCCUUCUUAUUCCACUAUAAUGCAAGAAUUCUGAUCAUUUGCCAACACUUUAACAGACAGAACAAACUAUUAUCAAACUAAGAAAGUAAUCUUCAUUGACCCAUUAUGUUCUUAAUUUUUUUUAAUACAUGCAGUGCAAAAACAUUUAUUUCAUUGCAUAAGGUGUGGAAGAUUUUUAAUAUUUUUUUAACAGCCUUUUAAACAAAAUCAGUUGCAAAGAAAACAGUGGGUAUUUUUGUAAGUUGAACCAUUCUCCAUUUCCUUAGUCUGCCAGCUAAGUGAAAUUGUAGUUCUGUAUGUAAUGUAUGUGUGUGUCUCAGCCACAUAUGUACGUAUGCUCUGUGUGUGUGUGUGUGUGUGCUUACUACUUGUUCUCUCAUUUUCAAUGCCACUUGUUUUGCUGAUGGUAUAUGUACAUAUAUACUGUAGGUAUGCACACUAUAUACAGUAUGUACACCAUACAUAUAUAUACGGUACAUGUCACUGCAGUUUGUUGUUAAUUAAGGUUCAGUUUCACUAAAAUAUUCUCUGAGGCGCUCUUAUCUUAGCUCAGUAAUAGCAGUGUUUUUUUGAGAAACCAAAUGACUGUGAACUAAAGGUGCUGAAACAAGCAGCAUCCUAUAUGGUUUUCUGUGCUGAUGCUCACUUUUUCAGCAUUUUAUUUUUAGUUAAGUAAUUUUCUUGCAAUUUUGUCUAGUAUCAUGGACUUUUUUUUUUAAUUGUUAAUAAAAAAAAGAUGCAUCUAAAAUGUUCAUACUAUAAAAACGAUCUGGGUGUAAGGCCACUUCUGUAUUGGUUUUCUACCCAGAUAUAAAACUCCAUACAAGGUAAGAGUGAAAUUCUGGUUGUCUCUGAAAAGUAUUUCUGUGAAAUUGACUUCAUUCAUUUUUAAAACACUUCUUAAGGAGCUAUAAUUUAUUACAAAUAAAGAGUAAUAAUUGCAAAGUCAAUAGGACGAGUAAGGUACAUAGAAUCAUUUCAGUAUUAGCUUAUAGGUACUGCUUUAAGCCAAGGAAACAUCUUGCUUGCAUAGCUACUGUAUAAUUGAUCAGGAACUAGCUGGUUAUUUUUCUAGAAUAUGUUUUAACCUGUAAUCAUAACAAAGUUUAUCUGGUCUUGAACAUAAGUUCAUGUUUACCAUUUUCUAAAAUUUGUCACUUUUUAAAUGAGACAGUAACUACCCUACCAGAGUCUAUCUGUUAAAACAGCAAAGAAAAUUUGCCUGUGUGAUUUCCUCACUUACUAUAAUCUGUAGCUCUGGAUUUAGUAAUAUCAGUUGUUUUAGUACUUAAAAAAGGUGAUUGCAACAUGGUGCCUAACCUGGGUGCACUUCAUGUAAUGUUUUGCUGCUUGGUCUAAAAUAAGCUUUUGGCUCGUAAUAAACAUACACAACGCUGUGUAAUUGCUUUACUGUUUACUUGCCUGCAUUUUGAGGAUGUGAUUUUUUUCAAGGUAUAAUUUUUUCUUGACAGUUUUGCCUUUUUUUUAAAUAAAACUUUAGAUAAAGUUCUGACCAUCUGUAUGAUUUGUCGUAUCCAUUAACAUAAUUACACUGUUAGUGUGUCUUUAGGCAGAUCCAUUUUGGAAAUUUGACAACUUUGAGGUUGGCUUUAUCUGGAAGCAGAGUGCCAUUUCAUCUUGUUUUGUCUUCUACAGUUUUUACUUGCACACUGUUGUAUAAAUGUAUAAGAACAUGAUAUCAGUUUUGACAAGAACACACCAUUUGGCAUACCUCAGCAUUUCAGUUUGUCAAACUUUUGUAAUAUUUCAUCAAUUACAAAUUUAAAGGUCCCCAAUGCUACCACAGUACUACAGAUGAAUAUUAAUUCAGAUACAUCUCUCUUGUAGCAAGCAAAUUCUGAAGUGCAUUUUCACAUCAGUUGACUAUUAAGAGGUAGAAAAAACAGUAGUAGGUGCCUUCAUGGGGUAAACCAAUACAGAAAAUCAAUGAAUAUUUGUUUUAUAUACUGUAGUGCCUUUUAUCAUAACAUCAACAUGCUCCUGGAGCCAGAGAGCUGAAACAUGUUGCAUGUUCAUUAGCACAUGUGAGUAAGAAUUUCACUGUACUCUGUACACAGGAUAAUAAUGACCCUAUAAACCUCUAAUAACUCUAUGAGCAAGUUAAAAAUAAUUAAAAUAAAAGAUAGAGAAAAUUUUAAGUUGUUACUAGGCCUAAACACACUUAAAGCCAUUCAUCCCAUGCCAUGUGCCCAGACACACAACUUAAUGAGUGUGGUUAAAAUACUUGGAGGAUUUGGAAUGUUGUGGGAUGGUGUCCCACACAUGGCCAAAAGGGGUUGCAGGCUCCACCGGUCUGCUCAGAAGAUACUCACCCCAGACCAGCUUGCCCCAAAAACUACCUGCAGGCUUCAGCAUAGCUAGGCCCAAAGUGGGGAAAACUUGCUUAAUAGUUCAAAAUAUAAAGAAAUGUCCCAGAACAUAUCAAAAGCCUCAUGAGAGAGAUUACCAUAAACUUGCACGAAAGGACAAAUAAUGAUCUUUAUAAGUAAAAGAUGUUUUUGAAAAAAUUGAAGAAAAUACUCAAAAGAGCAAAAAUAUGCAAAAAAAGUUGCCUAAAAGGCAAUCCUACAACAAACAAGUCCCACUAUACAUUCCUAAAUUGAAAUCCUCAAACAGAACCAAGAAGUCAGAAAAAAACAGAAAAAUCAAUAGAAAACAGCAAUAUGUACAAGUAUAAGUUCAAUGAUCUCUGACUCCUGACUGCUCUCUCCUUAAAUAGCCAGAGACAGUUCUCAGAAAUGGUGAUGUAAGGGUGGCCCUGCCUCCUGGGGCUCCAGCCACAAACUACAAGUAAUGGAGGAACAGAAAAUAAAUAAAAUGUGUAAAAUAAUUCAAAAUGACAAAAAUAACAAAUACAUAAAGACAUGUUGAUACAUAAUAUAGAGAUGAUUAAAAAAACCACAUUUAUUCAUCUUGAUCAACUCCAAAUUCUGUGUUAAUCAGUUUUAGCACAGUUGUGUACUGAAAGCUGAACUGAGAUUCGUAGAAUUGCCACCCGUAAUGAAGUCCAUGCUGUUUUCAAAAACAUUCAUUACGAUUGUGACUAUGCUUGUGGGACACGAUUCAGCCUCUGAUUUUCGUUUACUUACACCUGAAAGGAAGGAGAGAUAUAUAUUUUGUAUAUAUUUAUUUACUGCAUGUACUAAAGUAGGAAGUGACCUGAAAGACUGAUUUUACUUUUUAUUUUAAUCAGUCAAGAAUAAUUAGGCAAUUUCAUGUGAGUGUGUGUUCCCUUUGAUGCACUGGUGUCCCAUCCAGGGUAGUUUCUUGCUUUGAACCCCCUGCCAUCAGUACAGGCUAUGCCCCCCUGUGACAGCAUUCAGGAUUAAGCUGGUUUAGAAGUGUGGUGUGGGGGUCAUGGUAUUUUACAAGUAAUUUGUUUUCUUCCGUAGAACAUCAUUCUAAAUGUUGAGGGCUCUUUCCAUUUUCACUUAAGCCUUAUCACACAUUUGAGAGUCCAUCUUUGUAGCUUUUGUUGUACUAGCAGCAACACUUUAGCUUUAUCUUUCUUAGAAAUGUAGAGAAAAGCCAAGCAAAAUGACACCUUUUAUUGGCUAACUAGAAAGAUUACAAUAUGCAAGCUUUCGAGGCAACUCAGGCCCCUUCUUCAGGCAAGAUGUAAUGGCUAACACGGUACAGCACCCUAGUACUUUAGAAAUGUAGUGAACUGCACCACAGCUACUAUCCACAGACACAAAGGAAUAUCUGCUUUGGUCACAUCCAGAAGUGAUCAUCAAAACGGGCCCUUUUCAGCUGUACACUCACUUACAUUUCAGCUGGACACAAUUUUAAACAUCUUCUGUAAAUAUAAAAUUGUAAACUGUAUGUCUGUUUUUUCACCAAUCAAACAAAAACCGCUAAAAGGUAUUCACAAAAUACUGCAUGUGCAAUGCCACGUUACUCAUAAUUACAAUAUAGCUUAUAUGGCCCAUUGGGGAGAGAGGUUGUAAUCAGUAGGGUGGGGGUAACCUAAAAACUAGCACCAUCGUGGGGACUACAAUUCCCAUCACUAAGCAGGCUGAUGGGAUGACAUUGUCAUUAGUGUAUACAAAUUUUUGUGCCAGCCAAAGGAGGCUCUCAUCUAAGACCACAGGUACUGCAUUUUCUCCUCAACUAAUCUGGAUGAGAGUUCAUUGCAUCGCCAGAUUCAAUUUUUUGUCUAAAGCUACAAUUUUAUGUCUUAUGAUGGGUUGUUUCUAGUCAUGUUGAAUUUCAUAAAGAAAGUUUUUCCAAAUUUUUUUAUUCACAUUCAAUGGCAGCUACUUCAGCAAAUACUUAAUAAAAGUCACAGGUAGCUGAAUCCCAAAAAAUACUAUUUUUAGAAUUACCAAAUGCAAGAACACCCAUAGCCAAAGUGCAGAUGUUUGGCAUGACUUUAGUAGAGAGUAGCACCACCAGAGAGUGGAGGCAUGUUGGUCAAGCAAACCUAUAAGACCUGUACUUAACUCUGUACGUGAUGAUAAAUCUGACCAGCCCUAAAUACACUGUAUUACAUUUAAACGCCAAAUACAAGGGAUGUCCAAAAAGUUUCCGCACUUUCAUAUUUUCAUUGGAAACAGUGAAGGCGGGAGGAGUAGUAAUUGGGCAUGAAAAAGUUGGUACAACGCUGGGAAAAUUGCAUCACAAAGGAAGGUGACUAUGUCGAAAAGUGAUUCUUAAUAAAUAUUCAUAAUAAAUAGGAGUUAAAAAAGUGCAGAAACUUUUUGAACGUCCCUUGUAUUUCAUUUUUAAAGCACCAACAAAACUGACCACCUGAAUUACUUAGUGUACAAUAUCAAACACAUGAUUUAUCUAUGGUGGGAUAUGCAUGCACUACAAGUAAAAUUCAGAGGAAAUCCAAUAAAAAAACUGGUUUCUUGCUGGACCCUUCUCAAAAAAUGCAGAUUACACAAUAUAAUUAAGCCACACUUCUUAAGAAUAUGGGAGAGACAAAGAGCUCAAUUGAGAACAGCUUGAUUGAGCGACUAAAAAUAACUAAUAAUUUUUCCUGUUUCCUGUCAUCAGAAAUGUAAAUAAGUCUAUAACAUGAUAAAGCAAUUCUGCUUUUUGACUCUUAUGCCAAUGCAGAGUUGUGAUACAUAACAAGUUUAAACCAAUGAUUUUUAAUCAUUUUUUAUUCAAAACAUAAUUAAGAUCAAGGAUGUAGGCAACAUUUGAAUCAUGGACCUACGAUGGGCACUUUUCUGCAUGUGGCAUAAGCCUGAAGUAAGAUGACUGUUUCGAAAUAGAAGUGUAAAAGAUCAUUGCCGUUUUUUUCCAGUUUUUUCAAGGUUAAAUAAGUUUUCGGUGAAGUUAGAUUUUUCAGAGACUCAUUGCCAUAAGAUGAAUCCAUAGUAUGGAUAGAGAGAGUAGAAAACAGGAGUGAUCUUGAGGCAUCAUUGAACCCAGAAUAAUGGCAGAGAAGCCAAAGUACUACUAAAUGGUUAGAGCAGAUAAAGUGGUGGAAUGAUAAGCAAUGGAAGCAGGACACUCUACCGUAUUUACAUCUAUAUUUCUUGGUCUCAGGGUGCUCCCGCUUGACGCCAUUUUGUUGAGCUCAAGGUAAAGGAUGAAUCAGUUCCCCUGAUUGUUUUAGUCUGCUGCUCAGCAUAUCACUACUUCUUCUGUUAGCACCACUUAUACCCACAAAGAUUUAUUUUUUUUAGGUUUAUGUAUCACAAUCCGACCAAUAAACUGCUCUUGGUGAAAUCUUCUGCUAGAUCUUUAGAUUUUCAUUUCCACUCAAAUGAUUCAGAGUUGCUUGUCCAUUUUCCCUUGAAUCUCAGGUCAGUGUGUAACAUUACCGUAAAGGAGCUGGCAUUUUCGUCCACCGUUGCCUUAGCUAAUGAUGUUUUUCACCCUGACUUGUCAGCAUUUUCUUAGACACUGUUCGACCAACUUAGUGAUCUGCAUCAUUAAAAUUCCUUCAAAACCUAUCCCAAUUAACCAGGCUUCUGUCAAAGUCACUAAAGACAUUUUUUGAGCCUUAAUAGGCAACAUAAUGAAAAACUGGGAGUGCUUGACAUUUAAAUGCAUGACCUUAAGCAUGAUGGAAUGCUAACUUUUUACUAUCUCAGUGACCAUAAAUAAAAGUUGAGGGGUACACAGAAGUGGGGGACUGGGAGAGAGUCAGCCUGACAUCGCACAUGCUGUAGCACACCGAUGUCCCUUCCACAGAGAAGAGAAAGUUCACCAACAUUAGAGAUUCUCUGAAGGCCUCCGCUUCAAGUGGGCAGCACUUAGGUGAAACACCAUAGAGUGGUUCCCUCAGUAAAGACAAGUGGUGCUGAGAACUGUACUCCCUCUGCGAGAUGUGCACAGGAAUGUGGGGCUUGGACAGAACUAGUCUGACGUCACACACAUGAUGGCAUUAGGCGGAUUUGUUGAUUUUGAUGUUUUGAGUACUGAAAUCAGCCUCUCCUGUGGCUCUUUGUUAUCAGCUUUCUUAACGGCAGUCCUUUUGAUGGAAUGUAACACACCAAUUACUUCAAAUGCAUAUUUUGCAGUUCAUAUUUUAACCAGCAUAGCUGCCAAUUCUUUCAAGUUUACAUCAACUCCUACACUAUCAUUGCAAUGCUGAACAGAGAGCACACACUACACUUGCGACAACAUAUCGGUCAUGUUUGCUAUUCGUCCAUUGAUGCUAUCGAAUGCUACAGAAAGGUUUUUGCCUUGCAUCAGGUUAUGUUUAUUUUUAAAAUAGGCAAUGUGCUCUCUGUACACAUGACACAUAUUUAUAUGUCUAAUAGUUUUUUUUUUUUUUGGAGACUUUGACUGUAGGCGGUUCAUCGUAAACAGAAGCUUGCUGUCUGCCGUCUAAUUGUUCCCACCCUAUUUUAAGCACAAUUCACUCGCAGUUGUUUCCACACGUAUAUUAUUAUAUGUCUGGUUUCAAUGUGACAAGAUGAUACAACCAACAGGGCAUUUCAAGUUGAUCAGUUGAUCCAUCCAUUUACCAACCCGCUGAAUCCGAACACAGGGUCACGGGGGUCUGCUGGAGCCAAUCCCAGCCAACACAGGGCACAAGGCAGGAACCAAUCCCAGGCAGGGUGCCAACCCACCGCAGAAGAUCAGUUGAUCUAAAAGCUUAUCAUUAGAAGCAAGCCAGGGUGUGAAACUCCACACUGCAGGCAUCCCAUUUUGGAACCAAACCAGAGUUCAACUGCUGGGAGUUCAAGUUAAGACAAAUUUUACCACCAGUUAAACAUUAAAAAUAAAGUACAAACAUGCAGACUCAAUGGUGAUGCAGUAGUUUAGUGCCACUGCUGUAUCGGUCUUACAUACUGGGUUCAGAUUCUAUCCCCUUUCUGCCUGUGAGGAGAUUUCUUGUUCUCUACAUUUUCACCUUGGCGUUUCUCUAAUUUUCCUGCAAUUCAUUGCUGCCUGGGUAGGUGCCAACACUCCUAUGACGCUGAAUUAGAUUAAGUGGGCUUAAGAAUGUAAAGAUUUGUUACACAAGCUCUGUACGUGGCACCAUGUCAAAACUCCAGUGACUACACAUGUUUAAAGGUGCAUGCUAUGCCCCCUGCCUUUGCCUCAUACACACGCUAAAUAUAUCCAUUUUUUUAUUUUAUUUUGCUGAUACCUUUGCAACCCCUAAACAUAUCUAAUAUACUUCAGUACUCAUGUCUGGCCUAUUUAAUGGACUGCAAAGAAGAAAACAUUUUCCCUCAUUUAUAAGGAGAAGGAGUUCAGUUACAUUUCCUGUAUUACCAUCAGAGUGACCAAAAGACCAUUUCAGCAAAAAGCGUUCAGACAACUUGUCUUUUAUGACACUUCACAUGUUAUAGAGAUUGAUGAAUAAAGUAUAGGAAAGUUAAGUCUCACUAUGGUACGCAUCAAGUUCUUUGAUUUAUUGUAAAUGUUAGAAAACAUAACUGUCUGUCAUUUAUAUUUUUAUUUCUUUUAGUGGAAAUGGAAACUCUUUUGCCUGUGGAACAGGGAAAUAAAGUAAAAUUGGAUUUUGUCAUAUGCUGAAUGUAAAACUAUUAUGCAGCAAGCAUAUUACGUAAUAAAUGUAUAAAUACUAAAAGCAUUAUUUAUUGUUUGAUUUCACUUUAAUUUUUAGUCUGGUUUGUAACGAAUCAUCUUAAGGUUCUGAACUAUCAUGACUGUAAAUAAAAUGCUAUUAAAGUCA